CCCUACCAUAGAAAUCCUCUGCGUGACUCAACUGUCUAACUUCUGGCUUUCCUCGCCCUCUGGUUGCUUACUUUGUGAUUCAACUCUUUUUGGCAUAGAGUGGUCUGCCUCACUGACACCGUAUUCUCGUUUCAUUCGGUAAAGAAAUAGUCACUGAGAAGCGCCUCUGGGGAUUAAAUUAUAUAUUACCUAGAGAUUCUGGUACUUCCGUUGUAUUUAAUACCCUGGCUGGCCCCUUUCUCUCCGACCACUCACAUCAUGGCGCCUCGUGGCCGUGGGAAGUUCUCCAAGCCUUCGCGAGGAGGUGGGAAACACUUUAGUCGCGAUAUUCAACCAGUCGACAAGCACGGUAAUCCCGUCAGUCUAUGGAGAGAACCAGACGACGAUGCCGCAGCUUCAUCACAAGAGGAGGAUGGUGAGGAGGAAGUGUCUGGAUCAGAAGAAGAAUCCUCAACGGAAGACGCCAAACCUGGAUCCAGCUCUCCCGCAGCUCCAGAGAUGACUCGUGAGGAGCGCCGAGCAGCAACCAAAGCCAAGAAGCAAGCUGCUAUAGCGAAACGGAACCAGGUCCAGCCUGGCGAUCUGCCACCGUCUGAUUCGGAGUCAGAAAAUGGCAGGGUUAGUGAUGGGGAUGAAGAAUUGCCCUCAAAUCCGAAUCACACGGCCAAGUCUCGCUCGCAACUAAAUGACUCAGAUCCGGACAAAGACAUGUCACAGCUGUCGAGGAGAGAACGCGAAGCCAUUGAGGCUCAACAGGAACGUGAACGCUAUCUGAAACUGCACGCUGAGGGUAAAACAGAGGAGGCUCGUGCAGAUCUAGCUCGUCUAGCUAUCAUUCGGGAGCGACGAGAGGCAGAAAGGUUACGGAAGGAAGCUGAAAAAGAAGAGAAGGCAGAGCUAGCCAAGCAGCGUGCUGCAGAGAUAGAGGCAAAGCUGAACAUGAAGAAGAAAGGUGGCCCAAAGAAAAAAUAAAUGAAACAGACAGCAGCCUUGGCUUGGAUCCCAAGACUUUGAUGAGGGGUUAUGGGAUGGUUUUAUUCACAGCUAGUUAGAAACUUGGUUUGGGUAUAACGCUAACCGGCUACUGACGAUAUCAUAUGGACUGUACACAGAAUACCCGAAUAGAUCGUUUCAGAACGAACAAUACAAUUUCAAUAGAUAAUCACCAGCGCGGGUCUCUCUAUGGUUGGAUAUCCAGACCCGCAAACCAAGAAAAAAAAUUAUAUAUGCAAAUGUAGAGAGCUACUAUACGAUAGGCUUUCGCUCCAAUAAACA